AUGAAUCAAAUUGAAGUCUCCAACGGCAUUGUUUCACCUCCAAUAACUCCAAUAACUCCAAUAACUCUAACAGCUACUAUUGAUUUAAGGUUUGAGUGUAUCUUAGUUUAUUAUAUUCGUAAGAAACUACCAAGAGGUUAUAAACAAUUAGGCAAACAAACAGUUUCUGUUCCUGCUACUGAAAGUCAAUUUUACGCAGUGUUUAAAAAUUAUAUACAUUAUUAUUCAACUAGAAAGGGUUUUUACAAAUAUAUAUUUCGUGAAGUUUCAGCAAAUCAGAUGCUGGCAAAUAUUUUAGAUAUACAGAAAUGGGAGGUUAAAUUUUAUGAACAACAACAACGUAUUUAUGUUAUACUUUGUGAUGAUGAUGAUAAUAUUGAAUCUGAUGAUGAAAAUCCUAUUUUACGAGCUACUAAACAAUGUAAAUCAAAAUACAAAUGUGGGCAACUCAUAGUGGAAUGGAAACAACUAUACAUGCUGCCCAAAUUAUUUUAG